AUGGGCUUCCAUUGGUGGACACUCUGGGCUUGCUGGAUCACACUCUUCAGCCCAAGACCUGCAGAAGGUUUGAGUCGGGCUGCCUUGCCAUUUGGUCUGAUGCGCCGGGAGCUCGCGUGCGAAGGAUACCCCAUCGAGCUGCGGUGUCCAGGGAGCGACGUCAUAAUGAUUGAGAGUGCCAACUAUGGGCGAACCGACAGCAAGAUCUGUGAUGCCGACAUCUUCCAGAUGGAGAACGUGGAGUGUUACCUUCCCGACACCUUCAAGAUCAUGUCACAAAGGUGUAACAACCGUACACAGUGUGUGGUGGUGGCAGGUUCUGAUGUCUUCCCUGACCCCUGCCCAGGGACCUACAAGUAUCUGGAGAUCCAGUAUGAGUGCGUCCCCUACAAAGUGGAACAAAAAGUAUUCGUCUGCCCCGGGACAUUGCGGAAAGUCUUCGAGCCAACCAAUGUGUUUGAGUCAGAGCAUGAGGCAGGGGCCUGGUGCAAGGAUCCUCUUCAGGCCGGUGACCGUAUUUACUACAUGCCGUGGAUCCCAUACCGCACCGACACACUGACCGAAUACGGUUCGUGGGGGGACUACACGGCUGGACGGCCCACCACCUCGUACCGCCUGCCGCACCGAGUGGACGGCACAGGCUUUGUGGUGUAUGACGGUGCCGUCUUCUAUAACAAGGAAAGGACACGGAACGUGGUCAAGUUCGACCUGCGGACCCGCAUCAAGAGCGGCGAGGCCAUUAUCGGUGGCGCCAAUUACCACGACACUUCACCCUAUCGCUGGGGGGGCAAGACUGACAUUGACCUGGCUGUUGACGAGAACGGGCUGUGGGCCAUCUAUGCUACUGAGCAGAACAAUGGCAAGCUGGUAGUGAGCCAACUCAACCCCUACACGCUGCGCUUCGAGGGCACCUGGGAGACGGUGUACGAUAAGCGGUCAGCCUCCAACGCCUUCAUGGUCUGCGGCGUACUCUACGCCGUGCGCUCGGUGUCCAAGGAAGACGACAGCGAGGUCAUCGGUAAUACCAUCGAUUUUGCCUUCAACACCAACCUCAACCGGGAGGAGCCGGUCUCCAUCGCCUUCCCCAACCCCUACCAGUAUGUCUCAUCUGUGGACUACAACCCCCGGGACAACCAGCUCUAUGUCUGGAACAACCAUUUCGUGCUGAGGUACUCACUGGAGUUCGGACCCCCUGACCCAACCACAGCACAAGUCACAGUGGCUUCCACAAGCAACACAGCUGCGGCAAAACCAACCAUGGUAACCACGACAACCACCACCAGGAAAGCUCCGCUCACUACCAUGGCAGUGGGUGCAAUUAACCAGCUGGUACCAGAACAGCGGCCCAUCACGCCCAAUGCCCCCAGUACCAGGCAGACACCUCUAAACAACCAACAGCCAUCACCGCAGCGAUACUGUGAAUCAACAGAGGCCAGAGGCAUCAAGUGGCCAUCGACACAGCAGGGUGUACUGGUGGAGAGACCAUGUCCCAAAGGGACUAAAGGUAUCGCCUCCUACCUCUGUCUCCUUUCACUCGGACUCUGGAGCCCAAGAGGCCCUGAUUUGAGCAACUGUACCUCACCCUGGGUAAACCAAGUGGCACAAAAGAUUAAGAGUGGAGAGAAUGCAGCUAACAUUGCGAAUGAGCUGUCCCGGCACACCAGAGGCCCAAUUUAUGCUGGCGAUGUCAGCUCCUCUGUCAAACUGAUGGAGCAAUUACUGGAUAUUCUCGACGCCCAGCUGCAGGCUCUGAGACCCAGUGACAAGGAGUCAGCGGGACGCAGUUACAACAAGAUACAGAAACGGGAAAGGACCUGCAGAGCGUACAUAGAGGCUGUUGUACAAACGGUCGAUAACCUACUGAGACCAGAGGCUCUGGAAUCAUGGAAAGAUAUGAACACCACGGAGCAGGUUCACACAGCAACCAUGUUGUUGGAUAUCUUGGAAGAGGGGGCCUUCCUACUGGCAGACAACCUCAAAGUGCCGGCUCGAGUCAACACCACCACUCAGAAUGUCGUGUUUGAAGUCUGCGUGCUCAACACUGAAGAGCAGGUGAAGGAGCUGACAUUUCCAAAUGGUUAUCUGACAGAAAGCUUUAUCCAGAUCUCGCCAAACACCAUCAAACAGAACAGCCGUAAUGGGGUUGUGAAGGUGGUGUUAAUCCUGUACAACAACCUGGGCCAGUUUCUAUCAACAGAAAAUGCCACAGUGAGAAUGGGCACAGACGUCAGUAGCCAGAGCACUUCCAUCGUCGUCAACUCUCAGAUCAUCGCUGCUUCCAUCAACAAGGAGUCAAGCCGGGUCUUCCUCACUGAGCCAGUGAUCUUCACCCUGCAGCACCUCGAUUCGAAAAACCACUUCAAUGCAAACUGCUCAUUCUGGAAUUACUCGGAACGAACCAUGAUGGGGUUUUGGUCAACACAAGGUUGUCGUCUGAUAGAAAGUAACAGAACUCACACAGCCUGUGCCUGUAGCCACCUUACCAAUUUUGCAGUGCUGAUGGCUCACAAGGAGAUUUUGUAUGAAGACCGCAUGCACAGGUUGCUACUAUCUGUUAUCACCUGGGUGGGCAUCGUCAUCUCCCUCGUCUGCCUCACCAUCUGUAUCUCCACAUUUUGCUUCCUUCGAGGGAUUCAGACAGACCGCAACACCAUUCACAAGAACCUCUGCAUCAACCUCUUCAUCGCAGAACUCAUCUUCCUCAUCGGUAUCAACAAAACUCAAUAUCAGAUCGUGUGCCCAGUAAUUGCUGGCUUCCUUCACUUCUUCUUCUUGGCGGCCUUCUCCUGGAUGUGUCUGGAAGGUGUCCAUCUCUACCUCAUGCUGGUCGAGGUCUUUGAGAGCGAGUACUCCAGGAAGAAGUACUAUUACCUAUGUGGUUACUGCUUCCCUGCUCUUGUGGUUGGCAUCUCCGCAGCAGUGGAUUACAGGAGCUACGGAACUGACAAGGCAUGUUGGCUCCGAGUGGACAACUACUUUAUCUGGAGUUUUAUUGGACCAGUUUCCUUUGUUAUUAUGAUGAACCUGGUUUUUCUGAUGAUUACCCUUCACAAGAUGAUACGAAGCAGCAGCUCCUUGAAGCCAGACUCCAGCAGGCUGGAGAAUAUCAAUUACCCCAUAUGUGAUGGCUACUAUAGUAUGGAUUUGCCUGGAUAUGAGGACAACAAACCAUUUCUCAAGUCCUGGGCUUUGGGUGCAGUCGCUCUCCUUUUCCUGCUGGGUCUCACCUGGGCAUUUGGCCUGAUGUUUAUCAAUGAGGAGUCCAUGGUGAUGGCCUACCUCUUCACAACGUUCAAUGCCUUCCAGGGAAUGUUCAUCUUCAUUUUUCACUGUGCCCUCCAGAAGAAAGUCCACAAGGAAUAUAGUAAGUGCCUGCGGCAUGCCCAUUGCUGCAGCCGCCCCUCUGCUGGGGUCUCCCAUGGCAACCUGAAGACAUCCACCAUCCGGAACAAUAGCCGGUAUUACACUGGUACUCAGGUACAGAACGCUGCGGCAAGCAGGAGGAUGGCUGAAAAGAGCCGGAUCCGGAGGAUGUGGAAUGACACAGUUCGUAAGCAGUCGGAAUCUUCCUUCAUGGCGGGAGACGUCAACAGCACUCCAACCCUAAACCGAGGAACUAUGGGCAACCACCUGCUGACCAAUCCUGUUCUGCAGCCUCGUUCUGGUGCCAGUCCCUACAACACUCUCUUGGCUGAGUCCGUUGGCUACAGCGCUCCCUCACCCACCGUCUUCAGUUCACCAGGGACCUACAGAGAGACAAAGCACCCAGUGAACAUCACGAGAGACCCAUGUGCAGUGGACACACUGCCUCUGAACGGCAAUUUCAACAACAGCUACUCCUUCCGAAACAAUGACUUCAACAGGGACGGCACCCCUCUCACCGACUGCCGGCGCAACCUCAGCGAUGCUGCCUUUGAGAAGAUGAUCAUUUCCGAGCUCGUCCACAACAACCUGCGUCCUGGUGGCAAAACCCUCCCCGGGGAGCAGGGAGCGCCAAGCAGCAGCGGGGGCGGCAGUGGAGGAGGGGGAGGAGGAGGUGGAGGAGGAGGAGGAGGAGGAGCCACCAGCAGUGAAGAUGAUGCCAUCGUCCCCGAUGCCCCCUCGCUGACCCAGGAGGAUAACAUGGAGAUCGAGCUGAUGUACAAGGCUCUGGAGGAGCCCCUACUCCUACAACGCGCUCAGUCGCUCCUCUACCAAAGUGAUCCUGAACUGGAGGAGUCCGAAAGUUACACUGCCGAAAUAGCAGACGGCUUAGAUGGCCAGCUGCCGUCCCCAAACAGAGACUCCCUGUACACUAGUAUGACCAAUCUGAGAGACUCCUCCUACCCUGACAGCAGCCCGGAGGUGAUGGGUGAGACCAUGCCCCAUUCCCAGGGCAACGACGAGAUCUACUACAGCUCCAGGCCCAACCUGGUGUUCAGGAGCCAGCUCCAGGCCUACUACCAGUCCAGGAGAGGCAGCAACAAUGACUACGCCAUCUCAGUCAACGUGGAUGACUCUGUUGCGGAAGGUGAUGGGCAAAUGCAGUUGGUGACCAGUCUCUGAAACAAAAAGUGUUGGGGUGGGUUGGGAGUUGGGGGUGGGGGGAAUGGUGUUGUUGGGACAAUUCAUGGACCCAGGGAAAUGUUACCCUUAGUAAUGGUGGAAACGUAGGGCUGUAAUCUGUACAGAGGACCAACCUGGUUGGAGCAGGGCUGCCAGUUCUUUUAUUUUUUGAUUGUUGUCGUUGUUGCUCGACUCUUACAAACCUUGGGAUCGCCUGAUGAAUCAAUUACUACCUCCAGCCAACUUCUCCGCACCUCCAGGCGUGAGAAUGUCGCCGGUUGUUACCUGGGGGUGGGGGGACAGGGAUCGGGUGGUGAGAGAGAGAAGUGCUGGGGUUGCGGGGGGAUGGGGCAGGAUUCAUCACCCAUCUGGGGGAAGGAGUGGUAGUCGAUGCAAGGAAACAGAUCUGUGGCCCCAUCUUGACAGAUAUUCCCUACGCCAUAUGGAUUUGCUGGCCGAGGUGUGGAGUGUGCCAGCGGUGUACAAAUGGAAGGACACCUCUCAGCUCCUGUGAAACACGACGAGGAUUGGGGAGGCAGCUUUGACAUCCAAACCUGAAUCCGGCCAGCAAUUUCCGAGUUCACCGUUGGAGUGCAAGCAGAGCCUCCUUCGAUAAAGCUUCCUGCCCCGCUGUGUGGGUGCCCGGGCCUCAAUUUCAUCACAUGUGGCUGGGACUCCCUCACCAGAAACUUUCUUUGCUCAGGCUCAACCGUGCUUGGGAUUCUCUGCUGCUAAGUUGUCUGGAGUCCAGCAUCAGGUCAAGGACUCUCCCUGCCACCACCAUAUUCCUGCAGCCUCACCCCUCCCUCCAAAACGUUGCAGACACGGGAUGCGCAAUCAAAGGAGAUCGCAAAGGAGGCGAAGCGACGAGGAAUAUCAUGUAGGCCAUGCCAGGGAAAUUAGCCUGUCAGCAGCAGCAUAUCUGAACCUCGAGCCCUGCCAACCUCGCACCUCAUCUCCCCAUCCCAUUACACUCACCACCUGUCGGGGCCUACCUGGGUGGCAGAAGAGGAGCGAGCGCUACUCUCUCUUGAUCGAGCCUCCCGCACCUGUCAGGGGAUGUCGGUUGAUGGACGGUUGGAGGUUAGCGCUGCAUGUGCAGGGUGUGGCAGAGGCGGGAGUGGGGCAUGAGGGGGCAGGGCAGACCCCACUCCCGCCCACUGCCAGAGCUCACAGACAAUGUAAAUAGAAAAUGGAUCCACCCGCGUCCUGUAUGGGAAGCCACAUUUUUGGGUUUUUUUUAAAUAUAAACAAAAAUCCGGAUCUUUCCCUGUGCUUCGGUGCCACUGAACUGGCAGGAAGUUAUCGACUGACAGAGCUCAGGCCCUGCUUCGUAACGGCGAAGUGACAUUGACAUUAUUCAUCUCUUACGGUACAUGUAUUACAUACACUGGUUGGCCUUCUGCCCCAAACAAAAGAAAGGAUGUACUUUCACCUCAACUUUAAACAAAGAAUUCUCGACGGCGGACGGGCCCCAUUUUAUUUUGUUGUGAUUGUAUGUCAUCAUUGAGCUGUGUCAUUGAACAACAAACAAAAAAAACACAAAGUGUUUAAUGUCCUCUUAAACCCUUUGAGUUAUCAGAGCACAAAACCUUUUAUAAUCACGUCGUGUCCCCAAUUAUAGAGGAGGAGGCAGACUAGACUUCCAUGUUCAGAAGUUGCCUUUUGUUGCCUUUUCAAAAAGGUGGGACUUUUACAAAUGGUGUGUAUGUGUGUGUGUGUGUAAAGAAAAACAAAAGAGAAAAAAAAUCUUGCCAAUAUAAGCUUUAGACACAAAGAGUGUUACCGCACAGUCUGAUCACAGCACUUUCAACAUUAAUCUGACAUAAGCCAUUACUCAUGUCAUUGGCCCAAGCGGGCAGCCAGCUAAAUCUGUACUUCUUUCCUUCAUCGUAAUACCACAGAAACCAAGGCUUGGGAUGUAGUCCUACUGAAACCUGCUCUGUGCCCUGAGUGCAGAGGGCCCUAACAUGGAGGGCCCACCCGGUGAGUGUCGAAGACUAAAUCUGAGUCGCUGGUGUGGAGAAUCCAAGACUGUGUGUUGGGGGUUGUGGGGGGAUCCCAGGUGAGUCAGGCCGUAGCACAGAGAGCACCUUGUCCAAGGCAGACUCAGUGCUUCUGGUGAGGAGGAGCAGAGAUCAACUCUGUGUUAGUGAUGAAGAGGAUUUGACACUGCCCAAACGUGGAUGGCAGCCUGCACUGCCCAGAUGAAAACCCAUUAAAACGUGAUGCAUACUGGUUUGAGGCAUCUUACAAUCUUCAAAAUGCAUGACCAGUAUGUUCCUUUCCAAGUGUUACUGGGAUUUUCUUUUUAACUAGUUUUCCCUUCUACAUGGUGUCUGGUGCUGAGGUCAAACUCCACUUCCAUGGGUUUCCUGUUAAUGCUGACAUGGUCAAUCUUGAUGAGCAGCCAAUGCAGUCCUGUGUAGAGAGGUGAGUAUGUAUCUGAAUGCUUAUAUCUGUUCACAAUACAGUCACAGAUGCAUCACAAUGAUAUCUUCACAGCCCCUAGCACAGUCACCUCUGAUUAAGUGUUCAACAUCCCAUUUUAACUCAUCAACACGCUCCAUGGGCACACCAGCUCUCUCACAGUGAUAGGGUCAGUACAUGGUGCAACCGACAUAAUGGUAGGAACACUCAGUGUAUCUGGGGAGAGAGAGAGAGAUGGAGUUGACAGGCUGGAUUUUCAUCCCCAAGGAGUUGGGAAAUUUCCCUGCCCAGCACAACUGCCUCAAGAUAAAGUGCCCUGAAUGGCAUGAUUUUAAUCCUGGGGUGGGGGUUGCAUUGCAAAUGUGGAAUGGAACUGGGCUAAUCAUGCUUGGACACAGGUCAGGGUCGAUCAUGGACUGACGAGUGCCAAUACCUUGAAACUUCAUCCCAGCACUUUUGUUAAAUAUUUGACUCUCUAGCCCUCCUACCUCAUCCUCCAUUCCCCACGCCCUCCUGUCCACACCUCCAUGGCCUCAUUAAAUCCAUGCUAACUGACCCAAUAUCCACCAUGUGGAUACCUUGGGAGCCAUGUUGAGAUCAAAUAUAGAUAUAAAUAUUGAUUACAGAUCACAGACAACCAUAAACGUGAUGCCAUUUUAAAUGAACAUUUCCAUUAAUGAAAGCCCACUGAAUAUUAUCUAAGCUCUCAAGUACUUAAUCCCCAUAAAAACAAGCAGAUUUUUACUCAUAAGCACAUGCCAAAGACAGCAAAUCUUUCAAUAACUUCUUGAUGCUGUCAAUCAAAUUUCCAACUUGAAAUAAAUCCCUGACCACCACAACUUUACUGCUGCCAUCACCACUACCCAAUAAUCAUAGGUUGUGGGAAACAGCAAAUGAUGAAUAAUAAUAGCCCUUGGGUUGAUGUGAACAAAUGGCUAUUGUAACUUCCAGAACCUUUUUGAUUACUCUCAUUGACACAUGAAAGUUUCUUUUUCAUAUUUUGUUUAAAGAGCUGGGGUUUUAAGCACCUUCGUACCUUGAGAUUUUUUUUAAAAACAUCACUGACGCAAGCAGGCUUUUUUAUUUUAGAAAGCUAAAAGCAGGCACCUUGCUGCAGGGUUUCUAAUUUUUCCACGUUCAAUCUCACACACACGCAGGAAUUGCAUGUUCUAUGACGAGUGUGAGUCUCAGGUGACAUGCAUCGAAUUGUGCGCAGAGCUGCCGGUCCUGAGACAAAUGGCCAAUUCUAAGCACCUGCACAUGCCAAACCCACUGUACACACCAAGCAUAUAACAGAAGCCCACUUUAAACCCCAUAUCACACCCUACCAGUGAUGAAGGAAAAGGCAAUCAAGCUGACUCAACAUGGUCUUAAAGCAAAACCGAAGUAGCAGACCCUUCAUUUUAAAUGAUUCUGUACACUUUUAAUUCUUAAUACAAAGUAAAAUUACAAAGGGCCAGGCAAUAUUUGAAAUAUUGGCUUAUGAUCUGAUUUUUUAUACUAAUAUAUUACAUUUAAUGUAUAUUGAAUGUGAUUAGAAAGAAUGGCUGUCAAUGGACGACGAGCUGGUUAAUAUAUUUUCUGUUUAUUUAUUAUGUAUUCUACAGACUAAUAUAUAAAAUGGAAACAUUGGUUGUUGUAUGUGUGACUACAGUCUGGUAAUUACCAUGUACAAUCAGACUUCAGAUGCAAUUUCUUUUGGGGGGAGAGGGGUGGGUGUAUACAUUCUGCUUACAUUGGUUCAGAUUUGAGAUGAGGUGGUUUUCACAUGCCAGGUGGGAGCUGGUCACUUAUAACGUAUCCCGUUCUGGGGAUGGAGCAAGGAUUUGCAAGGAAAUGCGAUACAAGGGAAGAAAGAGGGAGGCACUCAAUACUCAGAGAGAGAGAGAGGUUGUACAUUUCUACCAGUGUAGGAAAGGGGUGUUUUCAAGCCUGAAUACCUUAGCUCUACUUGAAAUUGUGAUAUCCCUGAUCUGCAACAUAAGGAAGAUUCCUUAUCUGAAGUACUGCACAAAUUCUCCAUUGUUAGAGGUUCAUCUUUCUAAUUCAACCUCAUCUGUUUGCUCCCCCUCCUCAUCAUGUUGUACAUUUCUCAAGUUCUGAACUUUUCCAGCCCAGGGUUCUGUCAGCACACUACUGGUUUAAGGGUUAAUCCAGCCCAGGGUUCUGUCAGCACACUACUGGUUUAAGGGUUAAUCUUUUAUUUAUUGUUCCUGCCAACUCCAUUCCUGUCCUCCAGUAUUUAUUGCCUCACUAUAACCCUGUGGAGAAUCUAAAGGAACUGGGAUGUUUCUCCUCAGAGCAGAGAAGCUCCACUGGCCAUGCUUGUUUCUCACAGUGUUGGCUGUCCAGGGUGUUUUAAGAUGGAGUUUUGGGACCUGGUACUUGAUUGUGGCCUAUUCGAGGACAGUCCUGUCAUCACGAUUGUAUAACUUUUUAAAAAAAGACUGGAACUAGCUGUUUCUGCAUUUUUUAAAAAUACGUAAACAAGGAUUUGUUUAAAAGAAGUGCUCAAAAUGUCAAGGGGCUUUUGUAGAGUAAAUGAAGAGGAUUUUUUUCAGUGGCAGGAAGGUCAGUAAUCAGAGAAUGCAGAUUCAAUGCGAUUUGCAAAAGAACCAAAGGCAACAUGAGGAAACUUUUAAUGUAGCCAGUUGUUAUGGAAUUUCCCACCUGAAAAGACUGUGGAAGCAGAUUCAAUAAUAAAUUUCAAAAGGGAAUUGGAUAAAUACUUGAAUUUUUUUUCUGAUUUAUUGUGAAAGAGCAGACAGGAAGUGGAAUGAAUUGGAUCUCUUAGAGCUAGCACGGGCAUGAUGGGACCAAUGGCCUCCUGUGCUGCAUGACUGUAUCUUCCAUUCUCCUCUGGGUUCUGUACAUUGCUUCCCACCUUGCUUGCUAUGUGAUACUUGAAGCUCCUCCCUUGUUUCUCUGUGUCUCCCUUGGUUCCCUCUAUCCCACACUGUAGGGUGGGGCACCCCCUCACCUCAUCGUGGAGCCACUUUGGCUUUGAAUGUAGUCGAGGUUGGGGGUGCGGCAAUUGGGAGGGGAGGUUGCAAUGGCUCCACUGGCCAUGCUUGUUUCUCACAGUGUCAGCUGUCCAGGGUGUGUAAAAAUGGAGUUUUGGGACCUGGUACUUGACUGUGGCCUGUUCCAGGACAGUCCUCUCAUCACAAUUGUAUAACUUUCAUUAAAAAAAAGA